GCGACUACCCCACCUCCCAGAUAAGCUCCCCCGCGGUCAACCAAGAGCAAGAGCAAGUUGGAGCAGAACACUGGCAACCUCAUUCGCCAUGGCCAGUAAUACACCAGCUAUUGAGACUUAUCUGCUCGACAAGUAGAGGGACGUGCGGAGUUCAAGGUUUGGGUGCCAUGGCGCACUCCGCAGCGGGAAGCUUAGGUAUUAGUAAAAGAUAAAUCCAUUGCUAUAAGGUGGUAUCCUCAGCUUCCGGUUCGCCACCCAACAGACUCGAGAGACAUUCUCGCAUCUAUCUCACCUCGCCGGACGGGGUGUCUCUGAUAUUGAUCCUGCAGCGUUACUGCCCAAGUGCUCUUAGUAGUGUCAGUUACCCCCUCUGGAAUGCUACUUCAAGACCGACGCGACCGGUCCCAGCGAUUACUCCUCCGUCAACCUCCAGGUUGACUCCCUGAAGCCAGCAUCGGACCUUGGUUAAUUCUUCGCGAUGACUCCUUCUGCUGUUCUCCCCCAGCGGCCAAAGGUGCCGGCGGGGACGCUGACCACCGACUUCGACGACACCCUCCGCUUCUACCUCAACGGCACCCGCAUUGUGCUGGACGAGAUUGAUCCCGAGGUGACCUUGCUAGAAUACCUCCGGGGCAUCGGAUUAACAGGCACCAAGCUCGGCUGCGGCGAAGGCGGCUGCGGCGCCUGCACGGUCGUGAUAUCCCAAUACAACCCGACGACAAAACACAUCUACCACGCGAGCGUCAACGCCUGCCUCGCGCCGCUCGCGUCCGUCGACGGCAAGCACGUCAUUACCGUCGAGGGCAUCGGCAACGUGCAGCGGCCGCAUCCGGCGCAGGAGCGCGUCGCCAAGGGCAACGGCUCGCAGUGCGGCUUCUGCACCCCCGGGAUCGUCAUGAGCCUAUACGCGCUGCUGCGCAACAACUCCGCGCCGACCGAGCACGAUGUCGAGGAGGCCUUUGACGGGAACCUGUGUCGCUGUACGGGGUACAGGCCGAUUCUGGAUGCCGCGCAGACGUUUAGCGUCAGGAGGGAUACGAAUGGUGUCGGGGCUAGUAAUGGGUGCGGAAAUGCGAGGGCGAAUGGGGGCAGCGGGUGUUGCAUGGAGAACGGCAAUGGUGAUGGGGGGUGUUGUAUGAAGGAUGGGAAGGUAGACCAGCCGAUCAAGAGGUUCACGCCGCCGGGAUUCAUCGAAUACAACCCGGACACGGAACUCAUCUUCCCGCCGGCGCUGACGAAGCACGAGUUCCGGCCGCUGGCGUUUGGCAACAAGCGCAAGAAGUGGUUCCGCCCCGUGACGCUGGACCAGCUGCUCGAGAUCAAGAGCGCGUAUCCCGAGGCCAAGAUCAUCGGCGGCAGCACCGAGACGCAGAUCGAGAUCAAGUUCAAGGCGCUGCAGUACCCCGUGUCGGUGUACGUGGGCGAUAUCGCGGAGCUGAGGCAGUACUCCCUAAACGAGGACCAUGUCGAGAUCGGGGGUAACAUCACCCUGACCGACCUUGAGACCGUCUGCCAGGAGGCCCUGGCGGAGUACGGAGAAGCCAGGGGCCAGGUCUUCAGUGCCAUACACAAGCAGCUCAAAUACUUCGCCGGGAGGCAGAUCCGCAACGUCGGCACCCCAGCUGGGAAUCUGGUCACGGCCUCUCCCAUAUCGGAUCUGAAUCCUGUCUUCAUGGCCGCAGACGCCGUCUUGGUUGCGAAGACGGUAGGCAAGGACAUCGAGAUUCCUAUGGCGGAGUUCUUCAUGGGUUAUCGUCGGACAGCGCUACCAGACAAAGCGGUGCUCGCUUCCAUCCGCAUUCCCCUUACCCAGGAAAAGAACGAGUUCUUCCGCGCCUACAAGCAGGCGAAGCGCAAGGAUGAUGAUAUCGCCAUCGUAACGGCCGCCCUGAAACUGCGGCUCAGCGAUGACGGAGUUGUCGAGACGGCUAAUCUCGUCUACGGCGGCAUGGCACCCAUGACCGUGGCGGCGAAGCAGGCGAAUGCGUACCUCGUCGGGAGCAAAUUCGCGGAGCUCGAGACGCUCGAAGGGGUCAUGAACGCGCUUGGUCGUGAUUUCGACCUGCAGUUCAGUGUGCCCGGCGGCAUGGCCUCCUACCGAAAGUCACUGGCCCUGGGCUUCUUCUACCGCUUCUACCACGAAGUUAUGUUGACAGUGGGCGCAAACGCCGAUAAGGAGGCUGCCUCGGAACUGGAGAGGGAGCUUUCCACGGGCAACGAGGACAGGGAGGCGGCGGCAGCAUACAUGCAGGAGACGGUCGGGAAGUCCAACCCGCACGUGGCCGCGCUGAAGCAAGUGACGGGCGAGGCGCAGUAUACCGACGACAUGCCGCCGUUGAAGAAUGAGCUGUACGGCUGCCUCGUGCUGUCGACGAAGGCGCACGCCAAGCUCAAAUCGGUCGACCACACGCCGGCGCUCGAGAUUCCCGGCGUGGUGGACUACAUCGACAGGAGCCACAUGCCCAGUCCGCGGGCCAACCGCUGGGGCGCGCCGCAUUUUGAGGAGACCUUCUUUGCCGAGGACGAGGUGCACACCGCCGGGCAGCCCAUCGGCCUGAUCCUGGCCACAUCGGCGGCGCGUGCUGCUGAGGGGGCCCGGGCGGUGAAGAUUGAGUAUGAAGAGCUACCAGCCAUUUUCACGAUUGAAGAGGCCAUUGAGAAGGAGAGCUUCUUCAACUUCUUCAGGGAGAUCAAGAAGGGUGAUCCCGAAGAAGCCUUCAAGCAGUGCGAUUAUGUGUUCACGGGGACGACGAGGAUGGGCGGCCAGGAGCAUUUCUACCUGGAGACGAACGCCGCCGUCGUGAUUCCCAAGCCGGAAGACGGAGAGAUGGAGAUCUGGUCGAGUACACAGAAUCCAAACGAAGCUCAAGCAUAUGCCGCGCAAGUCUGCGAGGUCCAGUCUAACAAGAUCGUCGUCAAAGUGAAGCGCAUGGGUGGAGGCUUUGGGGGCAAGGAGAGCCGGUCCGUUCCGCUCAGCACCAUCCUCGCGCUGGCAGCGAAGAAGACGCGCCGGCCUGUCCGCUGCAUGCUUACGCGUGAGGAGGACAUGGUCACGUCCGGCCAGCGGCACCCCUUUCUGGGGCGAUGGAAGGUGGGCGUCAACAAGGACGGCAAGAUCCAGGCGCUCGACCUCGACAUCUUCAACAACGCCGGCUGGAGCUGGGACCUCAGCGCGGCCGUAUGCGAGCGCUCCAUGACCCACUCGGACGGCUGCUACCGGAUCCCCAACAUCCACGUGCGCGGGCGCAUCUGCAGGACUAACACCAUGUCCAACACGGCCUUCCGCGGCUUCGGCGGGCCGCAGGGCAUGUUCAUCGCCGAGUCGUACAUGUCCGAGGUGGCCGACCGCCUGGGCAUACCGGUCGAGCAGCUGCGCGAGAUCAACAUGUACCAGCCCAACGACCUCACCCACUUCAACCAGCCGCUGACCGACUGGCACGUGCCGCUAAUGUACCGACAGGUGCAGGAGGAGGCCGACUACGCUGCGCGCCGGGAAGCCAUCACGCAGUUCAACGCGUCCCACAAGUGGCGCAAGCGCGGGCUCGCGCUCAUCCCAACAAAGUUCGGCAUCUCGUUCACGGCGCUGUGGUUCAACCAGGCCGGCGCCCUCGUGCACAUCUACCACGACGGCUCCGUGCUGGUCGCGCACGGCGGCACCGAGAUGGGGCAGGGGCUGCACACCAAGAUGACCAUGAUCGCGGCGCAGGCCCUGGGCGUGCCCAUGGAGGACGUGUACAUCUCGGAGACGGCCACCAACACGGUCGCCAACGCCUCGGCCACCGCCGCCUCGGCCUCGUCCGACCUGAACGGCUACGCCAUCUACAACGCCUGCGCGCAGCUCAAUGCCCGCUUGCAGCCCUACCGCGAGAAACUAGGCCCCUCCGCCACCAUGCGCGAACUGGCGCACGCAGCCUACUUCGACCGUGUCAACCUCUCCGCCCAGGGGUUCUACAAGACCCCCGAGAUCGGUUACACGUGGGGCGAGAACAAGGGCAAGAUGUUCUUCUACUUCACGCAGGGCGUCACCGCCGCGGAAGUGGAACUCGACACUCUCACGGGAUCCUGGACCUGCCUACGGGCAGAUAUCAAGAUGGACGUGGGCCAGUCCAUCAACCCGGCGAUCGACUACGGCCAGAUCCAGGGCGCCUUCGUCCAGGGCAUGGGGCUGUUCACCAUGGAAGAGUCCCUCUGGCUACGCAACGGUCCGCAGCGGGGCACUCUGUUCACCCGCGGGCCGGGCACCUACAAGAUCCCCGGGUUCAGGGACAUCCCGCAGGUGUGGAACGUGAGUCUGCUCAAGGGCGUGGAGUGGCAGGACCUGAGGACAAUCCAGCGCAGCAGGGGGGUCGGGGAGCCGCCGCUCUUCAUGGGCAGCGCUGUGUUCUUUGCUAUCAGGGAUGCGCUGAAGGCCGCGAGGAAGGAGUAUGGGGUCGAGGCGACGCGGGGCGUGGAUGACCCCGCCGAUGGGCUUCUGAGGCUGGAGAGCCCGGCUACGCCCGAGAGGAUCAGGCUGGCGUGUGUUGAUCCCAUUAUGGAGAGGGCUAGGGUCAGGCCGAAGGAAGGGGAGAAGAGCUUUUUCAUAGCUAUUUAAGUGGUGGGGAACUUGGGGUUUUGGAUUGAGUUGUCACAGUUCAGGUUGGGUAAGGUAACCUUACUGUGUAUGCCAGAUUCCGAGUCUGACACGAGGCAAUAGCACACCCGAUAUGGCAUGGUUUGAGCUGGCUGCCUUUGCCAACCUAUAUACAUGGAUCAAUGCUACCUAGGUACCUAGCCGGUGUGACUUGAUACCUCCGAAGUAGUUCCCCUGAAUCUCUGUUCUGCUAAGUCGUCUUGAGGACUGUUGCCAACCAGCUC